AAUUCAUUUUUAAUCUUUUAACAUCAGUAAUACUGUCCUAGAGAGGGUGCACUUGGUUUUAAUUUUGCUUUCAAUAUGACGGCUGUCAAUGUUAUGCUGGUUCGUGAUACCAAGUGGCUGACUUUAGAAGUGUGUAGAGAAUUUCAAAGAGGAACCUGUUCUCGAGCUGAUGCAGACUGCAAGUUUGCCCAUCCACCAAAAGUUUGCCAUAUGCAAAAUGGUCGUGUGGUGGCCUGUUUUGAUUUUUUAAAGGGUCGGUGUGCUAGAGAGAACUGCAAGUACCUUCACCCUCCUCCACACUUAAAAACACAGCUGGAAAUUAAUGGACGGAACAAUCUGAUUCAACAAAAGACUACCACAGCCAUGUUUUCCCAGCAGAUGCAGUUUAUGCUCCAAAAUGCUCAAAUGUCAUCACUUACUUCCUUUCCUAUGACUCCAUCACUUGCAGCUAAUCCUACCAUGGCUUUCAAUUCUUACUUACCUCAUCCUGGGAUGGGCCUGGUUCCUGCCGAAUUUUUACCAAAUGCACCUCUUCUGUUUUCUGGAAACCCUCCUCUCGCAUUGCCAGGAGCUGCUGGUCCAAAACUGAUGCGUUCAGAUAAACUGGAGGUUUGCCGAGAAUUUCAGCGUGGAAAUUGUACCCGUGGUGAGAAUGAUUGCCGCUACGCUCAUCCUACUGAUGUUUCUAUGGUUGAAGCAAAUGAUAAUACUGUGACCAUCUGUAUGGAUUUCAUCAAAGGCCGAUGCUCCCGGGAGAGAUGCAAGUACUUUCAUCCUCCUGCACACUUACAAGCCAAACUGAAAGCAUCUCAUCACCAAAUGAACCACUCAGCUGCCACCACGAUGGCUCUGGCUAAUCUGCAGCUCCCUCAACCAGCAUUUGUUCCUGCAGGGCAAAUACUGUGCAUGGCACCUGCUUCAAGUAUUGUGCCCAUGAUGCACUGUGCUACACCUACCACUGUGUCUGCAGCAUCACCUGUCACCAGCAUUCCCUUUGCUGCAACAGCUACAGGCAAUCAGAUAUCCCCAUUAUCAAUAGAUGAACUGAAUAGCAGCAUGUUUGUUUCACAGAUGUAGAAGUUACCUGUAGAAGAUUGAAAUUCUGAACAACAGAGUUAUGGAAUAUCAGAAUCUCUCCAUGAAAACCUCCAUAUGGCCUUUCUGUGUAUAUUCUUGUAUGUCUUUUUCUCCUAACACAACAAUAAACAUCGUGCAGUCAAUAGAUUAAACAAAACAAAAAUACCAAUACAUUCAAAUUAAAAAAAAAAUAAAGCAUUAAACAAUCAAUGGAGAUGUCAAAACAAAACAUAAGUAGAAAACUAACUACUAUCUAUCUUAUUUUAAUUAUUAGGUAGAAAACUACCAUAAAAUUUGGUAAUUUGCCAUACUAUUCUUUGUGAUUUUCUAAUACCUAUUAUGCUGAAUGAAUCUCCACAGUGGAUUUUGGAUUACUGUGCAUUCUUGGUGGGUAAACGUUCAUCUGUUUUGAAGUGUUACCUUACUGUUUGUUUACACAGUAGCCUACUGGGUUGAUUUAAAAUGUAAAAAUUACAUCCAAAUACCAUUU